CAGAAUAAGAGUCAAAUGGAGCGUUAUGAGUCUUUGGGUCCGGUUGGGGAGGGCAGCUAUGGCAGUGUGCUUAAAUGCCGGCAUCGGGAAUCUGGUCGCCUCGUCGCCAUCAAGAAAUUCAUCGACUCAGACGAUGACAAAACAGUGAAGAAAAUUGCCCUCCGGGAAAUCAAGCUGCUCAGGCAGCUGCAUCACGACAAUCUGGUGAACCUCCUGGAGGUGUGGAAGCGCCGUCGUCGCUGGUAUCUUGUGUUUGAGUUUGUGGACCGGACGCUUUUGGAUGAACUGGAGCAGAACUCAAGCGGGUUGGACCUUCACACCUGUCGCCAGUACUUAUUUCAGAUCCUCAGAGCUGCCAACUUUUGCCAUCAGCAAAACGUGAUCCACCGCGACAUCAAACCUGAGAACAUUCUUGUUUCUCAGGGGGGUGUGGUCAAACUGUGUGAUUUUGGCUUUGCCAGAACCAUUGCAUCGUCAUCUGAAGGUGGUGUUUAUACUGACUACGUUGCUACCCGUUGGUACAGAGCUCCUGAACUGCUUGUAGGUGACAUCAAAUAUGGCAAACCUGUAGAUGUUUGGGCCCUGGGUUGUGUGUUAAUGGAGAUGUUAACUGGACAAGCUCUGUUUCCUGGUGACUCUGACCUUGACCAGAUAUACCACAUCGUCAAGUGUUUCGGUAACCUAACAGCUCAUCACCAGGAGUUGUUCUAUAGAAAUCCCAUCUUUUCUGGAGUUAAACUGCCUGAAUGUUCAAAAACCGUGCCACUGCAACAACGCUUCCCGAGAAUACCACCAACUGCCCUUGAUCUAGCUCAGGACUGUCUAGAGAUGGAUCCAAAAAGACGAGCCCAAUGUUCUGACUUAUUAGAGCAUCUUCUCUUUACUCAAGACUCUUUCAACAUCAGGUUUUUAGAUGAGCUGAACACUGAAAUCCAAAAAGACCAUAGAGAAAAGUCUAGUUUUCCCAAAAUACCCAAAACCCCAAUGCAAGAAAGAGAAAAUGGAGAUGAUAAAAACUGCAGGAGCAAAGACAAGAAAGAACCAGAAGAAAUGGAAGAGAAAGUAUACCAUGAAAAGAUGGAGAAAACCAAAGGGAGACAACCAGCCAAACUCUCAACCACCAUUCAUAAUACAACUGAACCUUUUAUGAGCAAACAACCCAAAACAUGUAGUAACAAGGGUGUCUAUCAUACAGAGCAGUAUUUAAUGAAAGCAGGAAAACCAGCUGGUUCAGAGUUUGAAAAUUUAAGGUCAAUUUAUAUCUGUAGCUCUGACUCAUCGGAUACAACCAAGAAAUCUGUAAGUUUAAAGAAGAAAAGCUCAGUGGCAGCAAAACCGAAACAUGAACAGGAUAUCACUCAAGAUCCAAGAAAAGACUACCUUCACAAAUCAAAAGACUUAAACUAUAGUAACCUGGACAGUGGGAAUACCACGAUGCCAUUUGGGGAAUCAUCCAAAUCUGAGACAAACAAAGAGUUUGUAAGGAGCUUAAGCAACAUUAGUUCAAAAGUUCCUAAAUUGUCUAAAAUGUCAGUAAAUGAUCGUCAAAUAUUAAAUUCAUCUUCAAAAACAGUUUUGGAAUCAGACUCAAGUGUAAUACCUACAAAUCCUCCAUCCUCUAAUGAAUAUACUGCCCGGACAUUACUGGAGAUUACAAAGCCAGGUAGGGCAAGUUUGGCAUCAAAGUUUCAGAGUGAAAAAUUAGAAGCUGAUGUGAAGCAAGAAACCUGUGAAUGCCCAAAGGCCCAACCUAAAAACCAAAGGAGAACCCAUGCUGACUCAAGUAUUAUUCAACCCAGUCACAAUGACUGCUCCUUUAGUCCUUCCAGAACUGCCGUAGACCUUUCCAAGCAGUCAUUUGUGACAGUUCCAGAACCCGGUACUGCCCACGCCCCUUCUGCCCUACCUCAAGUAAUCUCACAUUCAAAGGUUCCUAAAACAACCUGCACUGCUAAGGAUUCGUCAAAAGACAAGGGACCUACAGAGGACCGGGACAUAAAGAACGGUCACAGAUACUUGAAGCUUAAUCCAAUGACAGAAAUUCCCAGAAAACCUUGUCUGUCUUCCCAUGUCUUAGAUAGAAAUCCUGAAAUAUCAAAGCCCUAUUUUACUUGUCCGCAAAGCAACAUUAUAACUGCAGAAGAAAGAAAUACCUCAACCCCUGGGCCAGAUGAAAACCUACCAGUGGAAAAAGAACUGGGAGUGUCAGCAAAACUGAUUCAGGAGGAUUCAGCCCUGUCUGUGCCCAUUAGUUUAAAAGCUAAUGCUCCAAUGAAUAAAACUUCAAAGCCUUCUGAGAGGUCAGCUAAAGGCAAAUGGAACAAUGCAAGCCAAGAGUUUCAAUUCGAUUCAAAAGCCUUAACUCUUUCUUACCAUUAUCCAAACCCAACAAUGGCUCAAUCUGUUAGCGACCACAUGAUGUCCUCUGUGAAGAAUCCAAUACCUAUUUUUACUCCAGAUGCAAAAAAGCAAAACAGCAAACUAGAGGGGAAUGUUACAAAUAUGUCCACUGAUUUAGUUGUGUCUUUAGACCACAAAGCUUUGACGAGAAGCCUCAUCCUUCAUGACACAGACUCUAAAGAAAAUAUGUUUGAUUACACUGUACUCGGAUCUUGUACACCUUCUGCUCCU